AUGUCUGAAGAAGAAGAACUCAAGGUUUUCACAUUCGAAGAAGUCGAACAACACAAGGCCAAUGAUGACUGUUGGAUAGUUUACAAUGGUAAGGUCUACGACGUUACCUCGUACAUAGAGGAACAUCCUGGUGGAGAGGAAGUCAUCUUGGAGUGUGGUGGAGCUGAUGCCACUGAACCUUUCGAUGACAUUGGGCAUUCUGAAGAUGCUCACGAGAUACUGGCAAAAUUGUUGUUGGGACGGGUUGAAGGUGCACCUGUUAAGGCAUCCGUGUCUUCUGCCAGCACUGCUGAGGACUCAGGCUCUUCAAACAACUUGCUGCUGGCGGUGCUUGUUGCUAUAUUGGCUGGUGUUGCAUACUAUUUCUUCAACCAGUAG